UGGAAUUUAGAGCUUCAUUCUUUGGAAGCGAGCGGCUGGAUCUCUGAUGGAAAUACUCGGCAACUGAAGCGUUUUUGCUUUUUUGUGGAUUGACUUCUUUCGGUGGAAUGUGAACUCUUUUUACAAGUUUGACCAGAUUUUGUGAAGAGUUUUUUCCUCACCAUGGCGAACUCUUGCCUCCAGCUGAGCGGCUUUCUCCUCGGCUCCCUCGGGUGGGUGAGCAUCCUGAUCGCCACGGCCACCAACGACUGGGUGCUCCUGUGCAAGUACGGCUUGAACACCUGCAAGAAGAUGGACGAGCUGGGGGCCAAGGGGCCCUGGGCCGACUGCGUCAUCUCCACGGGACUGUACCACUGCGUGUCCCUGACGCAGAUCCUGGAACUGCCAGCUUAUAUCCAAAUCACUCGAGCCCUGAUGGUCACGGCCUCCAUCCUCGGCCUCCCGGCGGUGGGAAUCCUGCUCAUGUCCAUGCCCUGCAUCAACCUCGGAAAUGAUCCUCAGAGCUCCAAGAACAAGCGUGCCAUCCUGGGAGGGGUUCUCCUUCUUCUAGUUGCGAUUUGUGGUUUGGUGUCCACCAUCUGGUUCCCCAUCGGCGCCCACCGGGAGCAGGCGCUCAUGUCCUUCGGCUUCUCGCUCUACGCCGGCUGGGUGGGCACCGUGUUCUGCCUGCUGGGCGGCUCCAUCCUCACCUGCUCGUCCGACUCCUCCCCCCCGUCUUCCCGCCCUUACCAGGAAAACAACCACUUUUACUACUCCAAGCAGGGAGGGGGCCAAAUGCCGGCCCCCUCCGCCACCAACCAUGCUAAAAGCGCCCACGUCUGAGGGGGGAUGUGGACGCGGGACAUUUUAACGAAAGAGAUCCCGGCUUAGACGCAGAUACACUCGCUGCUCGCGCUAAAUGAAUUAACAGUUUAUUGACUAGUAAAAAAGACUGUUUUGGUUGAGCUUCUCUAUUCUCUGCUGGGUGUCGUUUGGACCCCCAAAAUGAAUGUCUGUGGACAAUUACUUCAAUCUACUCAAAAAUAUCUUCUUUUUUUUUGUUUUUUUUUCCUAUUUCGUCUUCUAAGAUCAUUUUUUAUGAGUUUUGUUGAAUAUUUUUAAAUAAAAUGAAUCAUUCUGUAUUUUUGUGGUUGAAUAUGACUGUAAAUGUUUUUUUUUUUGUUUUUAAAUAUUGAUUAUUCUCUGACAGUAUUUGACAACUUUAUAUAUCGGGUUGUUGCUGCUUUCACAGCUGUAAAAAGUGAAACGUUGGAUCAAUUAACAAAAUAAAUGCAAUUUGUUACAUUUCAAAAUGGCAGUUUUUAUCAUAUAAAUGUUUAAGUUAAGAAAACCAUCAACUCAUAAUUAACAAUUAACAAAUCAUGAUUAACUUGAUAUUUAUUAAUCCAAAUUAAUCCAAAUGACACUUUUGUUAUAUCUGAGUUAACACUUUAUAAAUUUAAAGAUUUCAGACUCUAACAAUGAAGGAAAAAUUUAUCUCUGACCUGUUUUUGUGCAAAAGCCGCAUAUUGUAAUACAAAUUUACCUGUUAAAGAUUGUGUUUAAUCACAACACAAAAGUGUGAUUUCAUCACUUCACAGCCUCAAUUAAAAGUAAAUGUAG